AUGAAGAUGGGGAAGAAAAAAGACUCAUCGACCAAUGAAAAGCGCAUCGAUGACAGCGACACCAGCCAUAAGCCUAAAAAGCCAAAGCAAUCUGUAUCGGUAAUACGACUAUUUCGGUUCAGCACAUUGCGAGAUAAAAUGAUGAUUUUAUGUGCCAUUGUGGGAUCAGCUUAUACGGGUGCGAUCUUGCCAAUAUCAGUCAUUAUUUUCGGCGAUGUGAUGCGGAAGAUGGGCGAGACCAUGAUGCAUAAGGAUUCAUUGUUGGAUAAUACACGAUCGAUGAUUUUGGAGCUUGUGUAUCUUGGCACCAGCGUGUUGAUAGCAACCUAUGUGGCCACUGCUUUCUGGAUCAUCUCAGGUGAAAAUCAAGCACGCCGUAUUCGAAUGAAGUAUCUCCAUGCUGUCCUUCGUCAAGACAUGAGCUGGUUCGAUAGUGCAGAAGAAGGAUCACUCAACACACGCCUUGCAGGAGAUACACAAACCAUUCAAGAUGGUGUUUCAGAAGCUUUUGGCACAUUGAUUUUGAGCGUUGCACAAUUUAUCAGCGGGUACAUUGUCGCUUUUAUCAAAGGCUGGAAAAUGGCGUUGGUCAUGUUGUCUACAGUACCAUUACUUAUUGCUAGUGGUGCUGUCAUGGGCAUAUUCAUCACUCGCUUUACGCUCAAAGUGCAACGAUCCUAUGCAUUUGCAGGCACAGUGGCUGAACAGGUGUUUGCAGGACUAAGAACAGUGUACAGCUUCUCUCUUCAGGAGCGGUUUGCUAAGCGAUUCGAGGGAGAAUUGGUGCAUGCUCGUAAGAUGGGAAUCAAGCGUGGAAUUGUACUCGGCCUCGGCUUUGGCUCAUUUAUGCUGGUGCUCUUUGCGACAUACAGCUUGUCAUUCUGGUAUGGUUCACGUCUUGUCAAGGAGGGUGAAUUUGAUGGACCUACCGUGCUUGUUGUUUUCUUUGCAAUGAUGUUGGGAUCCAUGGCAUUAACACAAGUACCUCCAAGUCUAUCAUCUGUUUCAUCGGCAUGUGGAGCGGCUCAUACCAUUUUUUCCACCAUUGAUCGAGUGCCACCCAUUGACCCUGAUGACAAGUCUUUUGGCGACAUAACAUCACCCUUACAAGGAGAGAUUGAAUUCAGGAACGUGUUCUUUAAGUAUCCUACACGUCCCAAUUUGAUCAUCCUCAAAGACUUGUCACUCAAGAUCAAACAAGGAAUGACAGUCGCUUUUGUUGGCCCUUCUGGUUCUGGUAAAUCAACUGCCAUUCAGCUAUUGCAGCGAUUUUAUGAUCCUGUUGCGGGGCAGGUGUUGCUUGAUGGACGCGAUUUACGAUCCUACAAUGUUCAAAGCUUGAGACAGCAAAUUGGCGUGGUUGGACAAGAGCCAGUGUUAUUCAAUAUGACGAUUAAGCACAACUUGCUCAUGGGCGUUGAGGACACUGAAAGCGUAUCCCAUGAUGACAUUGUCGAGGCAUGCAAAAAGGCAAAUUGUCAUGGGUUCAUUAGUCAGCUGCCACAGGGAUACAACACGCUGGUGGGUAGUGGAAUGUUAUCGGGUGGUCAAAAGCAACGCAUUGCCAUCGCACGUGCCAUCCUCAAAAACCCAACAUUACUUCUUUUGGAUGAGGCUACCUCGGCACUUGACACUCAAUCAGAACGACUUGUACAACACGCCCUUGAUGCAGCAGCAGCUGAUCGCACCACCAUCGUAGUGGCUCAUCGUCUAUCCACUGUACGCAAUGCUGAUUUGAUUGUGGUGAUGCAACAUGGCGACCUUGUUGAGAGAGGAACGCAUCAAGAGCUGAUUGAGCUUGGUGGCGUGUACGCAGAUCUCGUCAAGAAACAAGAGGUGGCUACUACGCAAUCAAGCACUGAUAUUACCGAUCAGACCAAUGACCCUGAAUUGCUACUCCAACAAGAAAAAGAGGAGCUAUACCUCAAUGAAAAGAUGCCGGAUGACCAACAAUCCAAUCUCUCUCGUGUCAUUAGCAGCAAUAACGUGAAACGAAUGAGUACAGCAUCAUCGGUGGAUGCUUUUCAAUUGAAGCUCAAGCGUGAAAAGGAAGACCGAAAGCAAAAGAAAGCACAAAAGACACCCAUUUUCAAGGUGAUUCGGCAAAUGCGACCUGAAUGGCCACUCAUGCUACUAGGGUGUCUUGGUGCUGCUGUAGCUGGCAGUGUAUUUCCAUGCUUUGCAUACGCAUUCUCAAAAGUUAUUACCAUCAUCAGCGAUCCCACUCGGCGUAAUGAGAUCGAUCAAGGACCCGUUCAAGGCACCAAUUUAUAUGCGUUCCUCUUUGUUGUCAUUGCCGUGGUUGCUUUUUUUGCAUUCUCAACACAAACAAUUUCCUUUGAAAUUGCUGGUGAGCGGUACACUGAACGGUUACGUGGUGACAUGUUUCGUGCCCUCAUGCGUCAAGAAGUUGGAUACUUUGAUCAAGAAGACAACAGCGUUGGUGCAUUGACUACUAAGAUCGCUGUGGAUGCCAAGAAUGUCAAUGAAUUGGUUACCAAGGUAUGGGGUGAUGUGAUCCAAUUAUCGGUCACCGUGAUUGCAGGUCUAUCGAUUGCAUUUGCAUACAGCUGGCUUCUCACUCUCAUUAUCCUUUGCGCUACUCCAUUCGUUGUGAUUGCCACUGGUUCAGAAACACGCGUUCGGCAAGGAUACCAAGAUAAUACUAAAAAGGCCAAUGCUGAGAGUGGAGAGGUAGCGGGUGAAGCCAUCAAGGAGAUACGCACCAUUGCAGCUCUCAACAAGCAAGCCUACUUUGAAAGCAAGUUUGAAAAGGCCAUUGAAUACCCUCAUAAGCUUACUGUGCGAAAGGCGUUAUUGGCUUCUAUUGGACAAGCACUUCUCCGAGGUUUCAAUUUGUACCUGAAUGCUCUAGCGCUUUAUGCGGGUAUACGGCUGAUUAUGGAUGAUCGGCUUACCUUUGAGGAAAUGUUUACCGUAUUGGCUGAAAUCCUUACCACGGCUACCAACGCGGGUCGUGGUAGCGUAUUCACGGCGACAUUUGCAAAGGCCAAGUUUUCAGCUCUUGCAGCAUUUGAAGUCCUUGAACGGCAACCACGUAUCGAUCCUGAUCUCGAAGGCAUUGAACCCAAGGCCGUGAAUGGUGAUGUGAGCUUUGAUAAGAUCACCUUUGCAUAUCCUGCACGUCCCAAUAAUCCCGUAUUCAAAGGGCAAUUCGGCUUCAAAGGCAAAGCGAAUCAAACUAUUGCACUCGUGGGUCCUUCAGGCUGUGGAAAGUCAACCACUAUUGGUAUGCUGCUGCGGUGGUAUGAUCCCCUUCAAGGCACUGUGCGUCUCGAUGAUCAUAGUGUGGAUACGUAUACAAUUGCCAACCUUCGGAGUCACAUGGGAUGGAUUGGUCAAGAGCCUGUAUUGUUUGAUAUGACCAUUGGAGAAAACAUUCGAUUUGGUGUUGAGGAGGACAAGGAAGUUUCACAGGCUCAAGUUGAGGAAGCUUGUCGGGCAGCCAAUAUCCAUGACUUUAUUGCUGGUUUGCCACAAGGAUACAAUUCAAGGGUGGGGGACAAAGGAUCUCAAUUAUCAGGUGGUCAAAAACAACGUAUUGCUAUUGCUCGUGCAUGGAUCCGAAAACCCAAGAUUUUAUUAUUGGAUGAAGCAACAUCGGCUCUCGAUAGUGAAUCUGAAAAACUUGUACAGGAAGCUCUUGAUAAGGUUGUGAGCGAAGGUGGUCGAACAACUAUCACGAUAGCGCACAGAUUGUCCACAAUACAAGGGAGUGAUUUGAUCUGCGUGGUCAAGGAUGGACGAGUUAUUGAGCAAGGCACUCACUGGGAACUCUUAAAACUUAAUGGCACCUACACAGAACUGGUCAACCAACAAUCACUCGAUCCUACUACAUCCUCAUAA